AAGGAGCCCCACCCCCGCCAACCAGCGUUGGUUCUACAGUAUAUGUAGCAUGCGUGAUGCCUGGAAGCCGACCGUCUUCUGUGCUUCUGACGCUCUUUUUUUGCCGCCCCCUCUCUUAUCUUGCUCUCGCCAUUUUACCCCCCGCUCGCGGCAGUGGAAGUAGGUUCUUCCACCACCCCUACGUCCACGCGAUCCCGACGACACUAGACAAGACCGAAUGAGCGCGGCCCCGCAAUCGCCCGUCCAGCUCGUCCGCGAGUACUCUGGGAAGUCGGAGAGUCCGAGGAAAGCUGAUAUCGAGGCGACUGCCAUCCCGAUCGACACUCAGGAUGUUUUCGACUCGGGCGAUUCGGGCGUCGACCCGGUCUACCAGGCCAAGGCGCGGCUUCUUAACGAUGCGAUCCAAGAGGUCGGAAUGGGAAAGUAUCAGUGGUUCCUGUUUGUCGUUGCCGGCUUUGGAUGGUUUUCGGAUAACCUUUGGCCAAUUGUGACUGGCCUCAUCCUCUCCCCCGUCGUCAACGAGUUUGGAUUCCAAGGUCCGUUUCUCAAGCUAGGGCAGAACAUUGGCCUCCUCGUCGGCGCAGCGUUCUGGGGAGUGGCUUGCGAUGUCUGGGGCAGGAAGUGGUGCUUCAACAUCACGCUCUUUAUCACCGGUGUCUUCGCGAUCGCCGCAGGUGGCUCUCCCAACUCGGUCGCGCUAUGCUCUCUGGCUGCUGUCUGGAGCGUUGGGGUGGGAGGUAACUUACCCGUGGACUCGGCGGUCUUUCUUGAGUUCAUUCCCGCAUCGCACCAAUGGCUUCUCACCGUGCUCUCCAUCUGGUGGGCCUUCGGCCAACUCGUCGGCAGUCUCGUAGCCUGGCCCCUGAUCGCGAACUUCUCGUGUGCGGGCCCGAGUGACUGCCCCAAGUCGUCCAACAUGGGCUGGCGCUACUUCCUCUAUACGAUGGGCGGGCUUAUGAUGAUUAUGUUCGUCCUCCGCUUCUUCGUCUUCCAUCUGCACGAGUCGCCCAAGUACCUCAUGGGCCGCGGGAGCGAUGCGGAGGCCGUCGAGGUCGUGCAGGCGAUCGCGAAGUACAACGGGACGACGACGACGCUCACGCUGGAGCUGCUCAAGGAGGUCGAGAACGACGUGAGAGCCAAGGAGGGCAAGCCGGAGGAUGCGCCCGUCCUGGACACGAGCGCGAAGGCGGCGAUUGCGCGGAAGCUGAACAUCUUCAGCUUGGAGCACGUCAGCCCGCUGUUCGCGACGAAGAAGCUCGCGUACUCGACGAGUCUCUUGAUCGUCCUCUGGGCGUUCAUUGGUCUUGCGUUCCCUCUAUACAACGGCUUCGUCACUUUCUUCCUUGCCACUCGUGGGGCGGACUUCGGUGAUGGCUCCGUGUACAUCACUUACCGCAACCAAGUCAUCCUGAGUGUCAUUGGUGUCCCUGGUGCCUUGCUCGCAGGUUGGAUGGUCGAAAUUCCCCUUCUCGGCCGCAAGGGUACCCUCGCCAUCUCGACCAUCAUAACCGGCGUCUUCCUCUUCGCCAGCACAACAGCACGGACGUCGAACGCGCUCCUCGGCUGGAACAGUGCGUUCACGUUCACAAGCAACAUCAUGUACAGCGUCCUAUACGCUGUCUCUCCGGAGCUCUUCCCGACCAAGGAUCGUGGCACGGGCAACGCCAUCGUCGCGUCUGCCAACCGCGUCUUCGGCAUCAUGGCGCCCAUCAUUGCGUUGUACGCGAACCUCGCCACGUCUGUCCCGAUCUGGAUUUCAGGCGCGCUCUUCAUUGUAUCCGGGUUCAUCGCGCUCCUCUUGCCGUUCGAGCCUAGAGGAAAGGCUUCCAUCUAGAUGCCCAUGAAACCCUGCUUCCGCACGCGAAGAUACCCCGCUCUGGAGCUCACGAUCCUCAGGAAAACACGUGCAUUGAUUGUAGAUACUCGCUGUUGUGCUAUCGCUAUCGCUACAUACAUUGGUUAUUUAAG